AUGGAUGGAAAAACGGACGUAAAGGUUCAGAAAAUCCACGUCCGGAAGGUUCUUACUCUAAUGCAAAAGCAAAAGUUGUUCGCGAACCUGAAGAAGUGUAUAAUCGUAGCAAACGAAAUAUCACUUCUUGGCUACAUCGUGGGUAUAAACGGUGAGCGCCCUUAUCCGGAAAAGAUCAAGGCGAUUAGCGACUGGCUUGUGCCAGUCGACGUCAAGGGACUUCGAAAGUUCCUCGGCUUGGCGGCGUACUUGCACAAGUACUCGCGCAACUACGCCAAAAUGGCCGUACAUCACUCUCGUCUGUUCAAGAAAACGAGAGAUGGUCAUGUUGUGCUGAUUGUCAGCACUCCUUUGAAGGUAUUAAGAAAAGCUUAA